AUGACCACACCACCAGGAGAUUCGAGAAUGAGUGAACCCAACGGUCAUGCCGGCAUCGACGCCAGUGGCCUGCGUGAGAGGCUUCCCAACAAGCCAGCGGCACCGCAGAAGGCCUUGACCGUCGAGACCGCUGAAGAGGCAGUGAGGGCAUUGAACCAGCAAGAGGCAGCAAACGGAAAAGAUGAAAAGGACAAGAAGACGUUCGGACGAACGCCAGACGGCACGGGUGAGUACUUCCAGUGCUCGCUCAGACAUGGUGUCCGGCGAGUUACUCCCACUAUAGCGAUAUUUAGGCAGGUUGAAAACGCACAGAAGACCCAGAUGCUCGUGUCCAGCGUGCCUGGGCCUCCCUCCACACCACCACAGCGCUGAUACGUGUCGAGUGUAGUCUUCACAGUGCCUCAUACAGAGGACAUGGUAUCCCAGCUUUUCGACCCCACGCAGCCCAAGAACGUCUCAGACGUGAUCAUUGUCGUGGCAUUGGGAGGCCAGUUCCUCCUCAUGUAUCUACUCCCAAAGCACCUUCGGAUACCCGUCUUUGCCUGCAUCUUCCUCUUCUGGCGAUUCUGCUACAACUUUGGCAUCGGAUGGCUCCUCCAUAACCAGUCACACCAUAAGCGCCUCGUGAACUGGGCUAAAAAGACAAAGAUUUUCGAGAAUCCCGAACGCGGCAAUAACCCCCGUCCCGUCUUGUACAAGUUCCUCAAGCGAGAAAUGGAGUGCAAGAUCCCCAAGGACUAUAAGUUCGAAGACGCCCCCAUCGAGUACAACACCUGGCUCCUCUUUCGCCGUGUUGUUGAUACCAUCCUGAUGUCUGACUUUACCGCCUACUGCCUGUUUGCAAUCGCCUGUGCCGGUCGCCCAGAGAACGAGAAGUUUGCCAUGACCGUGGCCCGAUGGGUCGGUGGGUGGGCCCUCGUCCUCUUCAAUCUCUGGGUCAAGCUUGAUGCCCACCGAGUCGUCAAAGACUUUGCGUGGUUCUGGGGUGACUUCUUCUUCCUCAUCGAUCAGGACUUGACCUUUGAUGGUGUCUUUGAACUCGCGCCGCACCCGAUGUACUCCAUUGGCUACGUGGGAUUCUACGGUAUCGCCAUGCUCGCAGCCAGCUACAAGGUCCUCUUCAUUUCCAUUGUCGCUCACGCGGCGCAGCUGACGUUCCUCGCGCUUGUGGAGAACCCGCACAUUGAGAGGUACGCUUUCCCCGGAGCUUGUGGGAAGCGCGUCAAACUAAUCCUUUUCAAUAGAACAUACAACGCCCCGCCGCCAGUCAAGCGCUCCGAAGAUGUCCCAGACUCCCCGCCGAACCAACGACCACAGUACACCACACGACUUACGAGCACUGGCCAUGUCAAUGGCAUGCCUCCGCUCGCUUCGGCCGCUCAGCCAUCUCCAGUUCACAAUCUGAUGGGGCUGCAAAAUUUGGAUCUUCACCGUGUCACUGACGUUGCGGUCAUUCUCUUGCAGGUGUACCUGUACUCCGUGGCGUUCCUGACUCCGGCAACUUGGGGAUGGCAGGCGUUCUUUGUGUUCAACGCCACGGUAUGGCGCCUCUGGUACUCCAUUGGUAUCGGAUACAUCCUGGACCGGCAAUCCAACAAGAAGUCAUGGACACGCCACUUCGUAAAGUAUGGCGAGAGUACGGAGGAGGCCUGGCGCCAGUGGAAGGGCAUCUACCAUGUUAGCAUGGUCAUGUGCUACACGAGCUUUGUCUGCGCCGCCUGGAAGAUGUACUGGCUGCCACAGGAUUGGUCCUACGGCAUGGCCCUCCUGCGACACGUUGUCGGAGUUGCUCUGAUCGCACUCCAAAUCUGGACCAUCGCAAGCAUCUACGAGUCUCUUGGCGAAUUCGGAUGGUUCUUCGGAGACUUUUUCUUUGACCAGGCGCCCAAGCUCACCUAUGGCGGCAUCUACCGAUUCUUGAACAACCCUGAGCGGACCAUCGGUCUGGCGGGAGUCUGGGGCGCGGCUAUCAUGACCUGGAGCAAGGCAGUCUUCUUCUUGGCGCUUCUCAGCCACGCACUCACCUUGUGCUUCAUCCAGUUUGUUGAGUAAGUUGCCCGCGAGCCCAUGACGAGUAAUUGAAGGAUCUGACAUGCCACAGGAAGCCACACAUGCAAAAGGUCUACCAACAAGGCCUCCGGCAGACAUCCGGAGUCUCCAAGAGCCUACAGCGAUCCCUUCCGUCUCCGAUUAAGAGCUGGACCGGUAGUGUCGACAAAGUCCUGGACGAGACCUUUGACUCCAUUGAGGAGUUCAUCGAUGACGCGGCUCCCAAGCUUGCGACGGGCUUCAAUACAUUUGUCAAGGAUUCGACGACACUCUUCCGGCAAUUCCCUGCUCGCAUCAGCAUCACCAGGCUGACUCCAGACCUUGCCGGCUACGAUCCCAAGGACUACUCCAUAAAGAUCGAUACUUCAGUGCCCGGGGUUAAGACCAACGAAAUCGCUCACAGUGGACGCGAAGGCGAGAACGGGCAGCAGCCAUUGAAGCGGACCGACAGCUUCGAGAGGGUCGUGGUGCAAUACGGUGCCCCCAUCAAGAUCAAGUGGACCGCCCCGCUCAACCACAGUAAGAAGGACUGGAUUGGCCUGUACAGGGUCGGUGACAACGCUUCCCGUGACAUCACCAAGGUUGGAUCACAGGGUCGGUGGUGCUCCACUAAUCCCGGUGCCUUUGACUACUCCAAGUCUGAUAAGGGCGUCCUGGUCGCGGAUCAGCGCGUCUCCGCCGCUGAGCGUAGAGACGGCGAGGACAAGGACUUCCUGUAUGGAGAAAUCGAAUUCGCCGGCGACAAGCUCUGGUGGACGCAAGGCGUGUUCGAAUUCCGAUACCAUCACGAUGGGAAAUACAACGUCGUGGCCAUCUCGCUGCCCUUUGAGAUCAAAAUCAACCGCUUCGACGACGAAUUGCAAUUUGAGAAGACGGAAUCCAGCGUUGUCCGCAGUGUCGUGGAAGAAGCGCUACUGCCCAUUGUGCAGAACUGCUUCGACCGCGAUCCGGACGUUGCACCGAGGAGCGUCGACGAGACUUUUGGGCCGACACUGGAGCGCGAAGGCAAGUAUGCCAAGAGAGUUGUGUAUGCUGUCCAGCAGAUGUUUGGGAUUGAAUUUGCGCCGGAGGUGGUGCAGGCGGAUGGGAAUGUGAGGAAUCUGGCCUGGAGGAUUGGGAAUGCGAAGAAGGUGCUUGCGCCUUACAGCAUGAAGGCUGUUGGCAAUGGGACGCCGCAGUGA